CAAUCUGACAUGAAAACGAUAUACUUAAAGAACCUAAUACCAUCUCCACACUAUUGCUUUUUGUGUCCAAAAAUGUCCAAGCAAAAACUCCACGAAAUUCCAAAGCAGACUGCCAAGUCACCCGUCGACCGCCAGGAGCGUUUGAAUCUGGACCAGGUUAUUGGCAGACUGAAAGCAUUACCGUCCCUGGACAACUGCUCGUCGGUGUCCGUUCGGGACAUCGAAAAUGUGUGUGCCCAGGCGCGGGUGGUGCUUCUGAGUCAGCCGACGCUCCUGGAAAUCCUGCCCCCCAUCAACCUGCUGGGCGACAUCCACGGACAGUACGAGGAUCUGCUGUGUUACUUCAAGCUGAAUGGCUAUCCGCCAGAUACCAACUACUUGCUCCUGGGAGACUACGUGGACCGGGGCAAGCACUCCAUUAAGACCCUGACUCUCCUGUUGGCCCUGAAGGCCAGGCAUCCGAAUAAUAUCUUUUUGCUGCGCGGCAAUCACGAAUGCUCCAGCCUGAAUCACUUCUAUGGCUUCUACGACGAGUGCAAGCGGCGCUUUACGAUCAAGCUGUGGCGCACCUUUGUCGACUGCUACAACUGCCUGCCUCUGGCGGCGAUCAUCGAGAACAAUAUCUUCUGUUGCCACGGCGGCCUGAGCCCCACUCUGUUUAGCCUCGACCAGAUCCGGAAGAUCGAGCGACCCCUGGAGAUACCCGAGUCCGGUUUGGUGUGCGACAUCCUCUGGGCCGAUCCCGACAAGCGGACGAUCGGCUGGGGGCCCAACGCGCGGGGCGUGAGCUACACCUUCGGCUCGGACGUGGUCAGUGGCUUCCUGCACCGCUUCGGGUUUAGCCUCAUCUGUCGGGGCCAUCAGUGCGUCGAGGAUGGCUACGAGUUCUUCUCGAAGAGAGGCCUAAUAACCAUCUUCUCGGCGCCCAACUAUUGCGGGGAGUUUGAAAAUUCAGGGGCCAUGAUGAAAGUCGACAAGGAUUUGCUCUGCACUUUUCAAGUUCUGAGGCGGGGCUCUUGCAGGACUUCAAAAGGGUUCAGGACAGCUUAAUUUUUUAAAUAAAAGUAUAUUUUAUGUUUCUG